AUGAAACCUAUCGCUUGUGCUCUGGAUCAUCUACAAAGCGAAUCAAAUUUUUACUAUAGCCAUUUAAUUCCUACUUUAUUUUCAUUGAAAAGUCGAUUACUAAUAUUAAAGGAACAACAUUUGCGUUAUACUUUCACUUUUAUCGAUCCAUUAAUAACCUCGCUAGAAAAACGAUUCAAACUAUAUUUUGAUCUCUCCCCUGAAGUUGAUGAAGCUAUAUUGGCAUCUUGUUUUCAUCCUACAUUUAAAUUAAGAUGGAUUCCUGAACACGAUGAAAUUAUGAAAAAUAGAGUUAAAAAUCUUUGUAUCAACAUUGCUGAAAAAUAUAUAGAGAAUUCUUCUCACACUGAGUUAUCAGUAGAUAAUGUAGACGAUGAAGACUUUUUGAUAUUUUCUUCUCAGGAACAAUGUUUUGAUUCUAGGGCUAAUUUAGAAGUAGUUCAGUUUUUUAAUAAUAAAAAUAAGGCAUUAACAUGUUUAGACAGUUACCCUAUUAUAAAAAAAUUAUUCAUCAGAUACAAUACAAGUUUACUAUCAUCAGCUCCAGUUGAAAGAUUGUUUUCAUUUGCUGGAUUUAUUCAUGCUCCAAAUAGAAGUAAUUUAUCGAACACUAAUUUCGAAAAACUUGUAUUUCUUAAAGGAAAUGAUAUUUAUAGGUAA